CACUUUCCCCUGUAUUCCACACAGCAAGCCGCAUAAUCACACCCUCCUCAAAAAAAAAAAAAAAAAAAAAAAACCAAAAAAUGGUGAAGUUUUUGAAACCAAACAAAGCAGUGGUGGUCCUAAACGGCCGUUUCGCCGGUCGGAAAGCAGUGAUCGUGAAACAAUUCGAUGACGGAACUCGUGACCGCCCGUACGGUCACUGUCUGGUGGCCGGAAUAGCAAAGUACCCAAAGAAAGUGAUCAAAAAAGACUCAGCGAAAAAAACAGCAAAGAAAUCACGGGUGAAGGCUUUCAUUAAGUUGGUUAACUACAACCAUAUAAUGCCAACAAGGUACACACUUGAUGUGGAUCUUAAGGAUGUUGUCUCUGUUGAUGUUCUUCAGUCACGUGACAAAAAGGUGAGUGCUUGCAAAGAGACCAAAGCUAGGUUUGAAGAAAGGUUCAAGACUGGAAAAAACCGUUGGUUCUUCUCCAAGCUUCGAUUUUGAAGAGGAUUCCAAGGAAAUGAGGUUGUUUUUGUUACUGGGCUUUUUUAAGGUUUUAAUAUGUUAUGUUUUUAUUAUUGUUAGAAGAUGAUGAUGGAUAAUGUGUCAUGCUAGUUUUAUGUUGUUUUGUUUUAAUCUGAUGGAUAUCUGGAUUUUGAAUUGAAA